CCACACACUCAUGAACAUGAUGGAAAAGAGAAGCGAUACAGCAGUUUCUGAUAACUGCUUUCCCAUCAAGACGUUUGAAGAAUUGGGGAAUAUGGACGCACUUUGUGCAACUAAAAGUGCUCAAUAUGCUAAAUUAAUAAAAUCCAUUAUUCAACCGGAGGGAAUAAAAAAAAACUUACAUCGAAUCAUCGAUCGAACGUUAGUUCUGGAGUUAAAUUAUGAUGGAAUUGGCACCAAAAAAGCAUUUAAGGAAUUUAAAUUCUUAAAUGCUUCAAUAUUCGAAGCCUUGCAAAAAGAUGGCUAUACAGAAAAGGAGUAUAUUUCGGAUAUACGAAUAGCCAUAAAGAAUGUUAAAGGAAUUUAUUAUAAAUAGCAGUACAACGACCGGAAGAAGCACAGAAUGGAAGAA